AUGGUUGGAAUCAAAGGAGUUAUAAUUGUAUUUAUCCUCGCUGUGUGCUUGGUAUCUAAUGCCUUGACGAUGUCACUUUCCGCCAAAGAUUUUAAAGAAAAAGACGAAGGUGCAAGAUUGUUCAAAGCUCUUGGUAUGUCAAUAUACACAUCAUUUAUCAUGAUAAAAACUCCCAGCGACUCCGACAUAAACUUUGUAUAUAAGACACUAUAAUUGGCUAUAGGCUGUAGUGGUCUCCCCGGCUACUAAAUAAUUUUAUGUCUAUAAGUAUAUUGUUUUCUAGAUAGGGGAAGCUAAAUAACGUAAAAUAAAAUUUAAAAAAUGCGAGAUAUAUUUGACCUCAGAUUGGUAUUUACUAUUAUUUCAAUAACAUUUUAAGUUAUUAAGGUAUUACAGCUUGACCUCGUUUCAGAAUGGCUUGCUUACAAAUUUAUUUAGUUUUUGGCUUCAGUUUUUUUAUGACGCUUCCUCUUUUAUCGCCCAACUCCAAUGAGCUGCAUGUCCAAGGUCAAUGAGGUUGCUUAUUUUACUUUAUUGUUAUUUUUUUAAUAUAUAUUUAGGAGGAACAAACAUCAGACGUUCAUUUUGUGAGGAACCUAUUGUAUGUUUACAGCAUUAUACGAACAAUCUUGCAAGAAAAAUAGUCACAAGUGCAUGCGCACUUGUGGAAUGUGCUAGCUUUUAUACAACAACGAUAUCAACGACAUAUUAUAACGUUAUAACGUGCGGUUGUAUUCUGCAUUGAUUUUAAGACAAAUAAGCCGAAUUAAAUUUUAAAGGCUAAAACGUAAACCAUUUCUCCUUAGUCUACGCAAUGUUUUUGUCCGGGGGGGCGUACAAAAUGUGGGUGGGGUGUUCUGCUGAGGUCUUGGAAUCCCUUUACUCGUCUCAGACCACAGAAAGUUCUUCAAUUUUCCUACUCCGUAGUCAUAUUAGAGUUAAACUGCAUACCCAAUCCUAGACUAGAAGUCUUAAUAAAAAAGUGCUUUUUUAGUCAGUACGCUUUCUCCACGUUACUGCAUGUCCAGGAUCUGUUAACAGUAACGUUACACUCUCUCCUUUUGACAUCAUCUCAGACAACAACUCAAAGGCCAUCAUUAAUCGGGACAUGAGUGCGUGAAAGGUAGUGCUCCUUGGGAGUUGUUUGCUUUUUGAGUACUAUUGUUCCCCAAGACAAAAUUAAACAGCUAUUUGGAAUGCUUUUUUAAAAAUAAUCUCAAGCGGCAGUGCGCGUCAGACUCACAAUCCGGUGGUCCUGGAUACACGAGUCCGGCUCCGACCACAAGCUAGGCUGAAUUUGUUUCUCGGCCGUCCCGAAUUUAAAUCCUCGGUCGUGCUUAUAAACAGCCAACUGGUUUCCUGACCUGCCAGUUACAUGGUUUUUUUUUAUCCUGUUAUGUUCUACUUGGAUUAUUUGCUUCUAAUUAUAUGAGUAGAAAGCUAUAGUGCACUUCCAUUACUUUUCAAGAGUGAGAAUUCAACGUACAAUACUUCUUAUAUGAAAAUGGCUGUAAACAAAGAAAUCCUCCAACUGAUUGUAUGAAACAAAUGACAGCUAAGCACUAAAAAAGGAUCGUUUUAACGAUAUUUCUAAUGACUUUUGUGACAUAAAAUAAUUUUUCUAAUUUCAAGAAAGCUGUACCCUUGUAGAAUUAAUGCUUCUUCAAAUAUACCCUGUAAAUGCUUCGAAGGCGUACUCUUCUUAAAAUCUAGAAUAAAAUUUAGUUGAAUAGCCACAAAAUUUAAAGAAAAUGGUAAUCUGGAAAAGCUAAAUAUUACCUCUUUAAUUAUCAUCGAUGAAAGGUUUUUAAUUAAAAUACAAAUUCUGUGACCAAAUUGAUCCGAGGAGUGACAUAAUAUGUUCAGUCAAAUUUUAAAAAUAAUCUGAUUGUAUUAAAAUUUCGUUUUCGAUGUGUAUCACGGAUAGUAAGUAAAAUUUAACAUUUCUGUAACAGGUAUUGACAGAUGUUAAUGAUACACCAGUCGAGUUACUUGUUAUGGAAAACAAUAGCCUUAAUUUGGCUUGAAAUCCCAUUGGUCGAAACAGCCAGAUAAUUAAAAUCCGCCAAUCUCAACGCCAUACUGACAUGGCGUUAAGUUGUAUUAAAAAUACUCUUAAUGAUUUAGCAUUAUAUUUUAUUUAUAUAAUAUGCUUUAAUGUCUUAAAUGUUCAGCCAGCAACUGUGUUUUUAAGAGCUUCACAAGAGCAGCUCAACACGUUAUGCAGGGCAGGGUGAGUAUCAGUUCGAAACAAAAAUAUUUUUGGAAGGUAGUUUAUGCAGAAUACUACAGUUGCUUGGUGUUAAAGAAAGAGAUCACUUUAAAUUUGGUGCAGGAGCUAGUUCUUGUUUUUGUUAUAUUUACCUUGAUCUACCUGGAUGCGGGGUACAUGCCUUACGCAUAAAUCAACCCAAAGCUUAGAUAUCUUGGUAAACUUUGGCUUUUCUAUAGUCAUGGUGAGGGGAGGGUUCUGUUAGUCAUAGUUUUCGUCAGUUUCUUAAAAUUCCCAAUUUUCUUUGCUUACCACAGUUUAAGAAUUUAAAGCUUUCGAAUAUGCUUAUGUAUUCAUAAUGCAUAAUAGUAAUGGGUAUAAUGCUUCGUCGUAAUAUUUUUAAAUGAAUUCUCGAAGAAAAAACUAUCUGGAGACACCGACAAGCUUGCAGCUGUAAUAUCCAGGAAAGCAAUAUUUAGCAUCCUCACUCCUCCCAUUUCCUUUGGAACUCUGUCCACUGAGCAGUGGGAGGCCUGUGGUUAGGAUCUAAACACACUUCCAAAGGGUCCUGUGUGUUAAUCAAUAACAGAAGGUGUAAAUCGUAAGCGUAGAAAAUAACUGAGAAUAAACCACAAAAAAGCCUCAAAAAGUAACGAGGGUGGGAUGCAAAGUGCUCAAUUGCUAAAUGAAUGAAAUUUGGCCAUGACCUCUCUGAUACCUGUAUCAAAGAGAAUUCUGACCAGGUUGGGCAUUCUUUUUUCCCUUUCAGUUAAUUGUUAGUAACAGAUUUUCUGAAGAUCAGUGUAAUAUACAACAUUAUGGAAGGGGAUAACAGUGUACAGAUAACACAGUUAUCAGACGGCGAAUAUCAUUCCCAGCCGGACGCUUCUUCUAGGCUUAAAUCCCAGUCUCCGAGAUAUAUGGUGAAAGAAUUUGUCGACAACACAACACUACAUGGCAUUCGUUAUGCCUUUAUGGAACGCCAUUUUCUCGUUCGCUUUAUCUGGGCUGUGUUGGUAUUGAUCUCUGGUGCCUACUACCUUUACACAGUUCGAACAGCGUUCCAGAAAUACUACGACCGUCCAGUCAAUACCGUGUUGAAGCGUGAGCACGUUGAUGAGAUGGACUUUCCAGCGGUUACGAUCUGCUCUCGCAACAUGUUUGACUUAAGCAAAUUACUCAUGACAGAUGACAACCCUGUAUUUAAGUCGAGCGGCUUAAAUAUCAGCUCUUGCGCUGUAACUGCAAGGGUUCGAGGUACUCUCCCAUGCGGAUUAGCUAUGCUUUGUUGCUGUUCACCACGCGCACUUGCAGACGUUGCCCCCGAAAUACCAAACUGCACGAGUCGGUACAAACAAGAUCUUUUGGAUGCUAUGCAGCAAAGUCGUCAUAUCCCAGAUAUUGACUCUUUCUUUAGAUACUACGGUCAAGAUAUCAGUGAACUCCUUGGACCUGAGUGCUAUUAUGACUGGAGUGAGACGGAUUGCUGUGAUAAAGAUUUCGUUUCCACGACAACCCAAUGGGGGAAGUGUUACACCUUUAACUCGGGUGCUUACGGUCGGAAGUUAACUGUAACCAGUAGUGGAGUAUCAUCUGGAUUGACAGUCAUUCUUGAUGCACAGACAGAUGAAUAUAGUUAUGGGAAAUUCUCAGAAGGAUUCAAGGUUCUCGUUCAUGGACAAGGCGAGUAUAUCGAUGAAUUGGAAGGAAUCAACGUUGGACCAGGACAACAUGUUAUCAUAGCUUUAACAGAGAAAAGGGUAACAAAUAAUUAAAGAUAUAUACAAUCUUUUUUCGCAUUGAUUUGCAGAUCACUUUUGCAGAAGCUAAACUGAAUAUAUGCUUAUUCACAUGCUUGUUGUUCCAAGGUGCUCUUUUCAGGAUGCUUUGUUAGAAGCCAGUUGUAGUGCUCAAAUGUUACCAUUUGUUGUAGUGAAUGUUUUUUCCUCUUGUUUUGCUCUUUCUUUCAGUACAAAAAUCUUGAAAAGCCAUAUGCCUCUAAUUGCUCCAUGAAAACAUUGAAAACAUUUUCCAUCUACACAAUAGAAGGCUGUCUUUAUGAAUGUGAAGCUGAAAACAUCAUAAAAUCAUGCAAUUGCCGACCUUCAGAUUACAAAGGUACAUAAGCAUGUUACAGUUUCUAUUUAUUGCAUGAAACAGUCUUCCUCAUGUUAUUAUAAUUGAUCACCUACUGUAGGUAAUCACUUGGUUUGCUGGCAAUCCUGAUAAAUCACUAUAUAGACCAAACUAUGGCCUUUUGUAGGCAAUCAAGGAUUUCCUGUUGGUUUUGUUUCUUGUUGCUGCUGUUGUCGUUUUUGUUCGUUGUUUGUGUUCAUUUAGUACACAGGACAAAUUUAGUUAGCAAUGCACAUUCGUUUCGUUUUUAGGAGCUCCAGAUAUUCAUAACUGCUUGAAACCCGAUGAAAUGGACUGCUUUGCAAAGGUGUCGGGUAUGUAUUACAUAUAUUAGUUAAAACCAAGUGAACUUAGUCGAGUUCAAGUCCAGUUCAGCUUAUUCUUAAUGGGUAUGCAAAAUUGUAAGUUAACAUUACGUCAUCCGAUAGCCAUGUGAUAGUAAUGAAAUUUAAAGACUUAGAUUCCUCAUCGUUUUCGCCCUCAUAACGUAAAUAGUUGUAAUGAUGCUAAUGAUUUUAAUAUUUUGAGAAACUCAGGCAUCCAUAGUUAUAACACUAGAAGAAGGGGAGGGGUAGGGUGGCAGGUCAGUCCCAGAAUCGUAUAAAGAUCCUUUUAUUUUGUCUAGCAUCUUUAGAGGAAGACUCGCGUGGAUGUGAGGUUCCCUGCUCAAAGAUCACAUACAUCACUGAUGUGUCCUACUCCAAGUUUCCCAACCGUAUCACCGCUCAAAAGUUUAUUCAAGACGGUUAUUAUGAUGACAUUGAGUAUCAAAGGUAAAUACUCUUUCAAUUUAGCACUACAACAAGAAGUGUCAGAGGUAUUCCUGUCCUAUCUUUAAAAAUAUAGAUUUGCAGAUGUUAAAACCAAUCAUAAUAUAAUGAUUUCAUGAACUUCAUCGCAACAUAACAAAAUUUACUUCUUAUCAUAACAUAACAACAUAGACACACCUCAGUUUAAUAUUUUUUUUCCCUGUACAAGAACAAAGAAUAAAAAACAUAGACCACGUCAUCAUAUGCACAUCUUCAUCCUUAUGUCAUUGAGGGACUGAUUAUAUGUGGUUUAUAGAUAUGCAGAUGAUGAAGACCAAAUGAAGUUAAGUCCUUACGUUUUACCCAAAUAACGUUCAUUACUCUUAUUUUUUAGGGAUAACCUCGUGCUUUUGCAAGUUGGUUUUNACGGUUAUUAUGAUGACAUUGAGUAUCAAAGGUAAAUACUCUUUCAAUUUAGCACUACAACAAGAAGUGUCAGAGGUAUUCCUGUCCUAUCUUUAAAAAUAUAGAUUUGCAGAUGUUAAAACCAAUCAUAAUAUAAUGAUUUCAUGAACUUCAUCGCAACAUAACAAAAUUUACUUCUUAUCAUAACAUAACAACAUAGACACACCUCAGUUUAAUAUUUUUUUUCCCUGUACAAGAACAAAGAAUAAAAAACAUAGACCACGUCAUCAUAUGCACAUCUUCAUCCUUAUGUCAUUGAGGGACUGAUUAUAUGUGGUUUAUAGAUAUGCAGAUGAUGAAGACCAAAUGAAGUUAAGUCCUUACGUUUUACCCAAAUAACGUUCAUUACUCUUAUUUUUUAGGGAUAACCUCGUGCUUUUGCAAGUUGGUUUUAAGUCGCUGAGUUAUGAGCUACAGGAGGAGCAGCCUGCGUACGACAGAAACUCCCUGUUUGGUAAAAUGAUUCGGUUGUUAAUUUUAUUGAGAAAUAUUAUUAUUAUUUAUUAGGCCAAUGUUGUGUAUGUGUUGCAAAGGUUUUGCGAAAGCUAAAGCCAGGCAACAUAUUUAAUCUAAAUAGACCAUUGACAUUUUUUUUCAAAGUCACAUUUAUAUUCAUUUUUACUUUGCCAUUUUGAGAAAAAAAAUUCGACAGUAUCCAUAUGAACACAUGAGGUACGACCGCGCGCGGUAGGUCUCUAUCACGGUCCAACCAAUUGCAUCCUUUACCACUGAGACAACCUUCCAUAGUAAAAUGAUGAGAUGCUAUUGAUCUUUUAUUGACUGAUAUACGCCAAUUGACAGUUAUUUCCAUAAUUUUUUCCUUUGUUUGGUGUUGUAGGUGAGAUCGGCGGCAACAUGGGCUUAUUCUUGGGAUGCAGUUUGUUAACGAUAUUCGAGUUUCUCGACUUCCUUAUCUCCUUCCUAGCAACACUGAAAAGGCGUUAUUUGAUACAUGCAGCAUGA